UCAAACUAAACACAUCAACCGUAUUAACGUAUGCUACGAUGUGCUUGAUUCAGGUGGUGAAGAUGUUCGGGCAAUCACAAAAUAGUUUUCUCAGUUUUGCUCUGUUUUGGGUUGUGGUUCAGAUUAAAACUUCCAAUGGACGCCAAUAUCCCUACUACGGUUAUAAUGGAGGAUAUGUUCCAACCCCAUGGAAUAGCUUACCAUAUUCUGGGACGGACGAUCAACGUUGGCAAAAUUUUCCAUCCUACCGAGUGUUAUCCAACAGACGGUCCAGCAAUUCCGAUCCGGAUCAAAUGCCCUCUGGACCGUCAGGUGCGUCAUAUUAUGGAGGUGGAAACUAUGGCAGCGGAACAGGAUACCAGUACCAAUCUCCCAAGGGAACGAGUUGGGCCGAUGGAAUGCCCAUCAAUCGGCCAGUGUCGUGGACUUCGUCAAUGAUGGGUCAAAAUGUGUACUGGCCAAAUCAAGUGGGAUACCAUGGUUACUACGAUGGAAGUGCAUAUGAUGGCUCCAAAACGUUUUAUGGUCCCGCGGCCAGCUGGAUGAAGUGGAAUGGACCAACAGAUCCAAAUGGAUACUACACCAACCGAAGACAGAUGUGGAUGAAGCCUUCGAUGAUGCCGCCAAUGAUGGCCAUGCGAAACGACGGAUAUUUAGGCUAUGACACUGAACCCGCAUCAGCUUCGAAAGUAACAACAACGACGACAACGGCGAGGCCUGAAGCUCCUGCGCGGCCGCGGAAAAGUAAACUGUUUGUGGCCAAUGUCUGGGGCAGGAGGUAGCGCUGGCUUGAGGGAGACCAAAAUGGAAAACCAGGAAAACGUUACCGAGUUUCACUCCACAACGGAAUAAUAAUAUAUUGGAUAACAAGUCUUGUUUGAAGGAUCUAAUUAAAGUGGAUCGAUUCUUGCUUAAGAAUUACGUUCAAGGUUUUUGAGCGGAU